ACCAUUCACCUUGAUUUAAUUCCAGGAGUUAGAUUUUGACCAAUCAAGGAUGGCAUGGCUGAUGGCCCCAUCCCAAUCCCAAAUUCCCUUGGACACCAACCUAACCAUGGUUAAAGGCUAGAGUUAAAUGAACCACACGUGUGGCGGAUUAAUGGGAAAUACGCACAUAGUACAAAUCCGUCAGCAUGUAACCGCAGAGAAAUGUCCCUCUGUUCCUAUUCGGUAUAUAACCCAUCACUCCCCAACAUGCUCAAACAGAAUUUGCAGUCCCCUCUGUUUUAGUAUCACUCUUUCUCUAGUUCUUGUCCCUCAAUCUCAUUCCCUUUUUCCUUCUUCCAUUUCUAAGUUCUGGAUUAUUCAAUCAAUCCGCAUCUAUAUAUAUAUAUAUUGCUGAAUAAAGAGAGAGGGUGGUUAGAUUAGAAGAACAUGCCAGCUGGUUUGGAGCCUUUGGAUAUCGGCGUGCAGAUACCCUACUAUUUCCGGUGCCCGAUUUCUUUGGAGCUCAUGUGCGAUCCUGUCACCGUUUGUACCGGUCAAACGUAUGAUCGUUCCAGCAUAGAGUCCUGGGUGGCCACCGGGAACACCACCUGUCCGGUCACCCGGGCCCCACUCACGGAUUUCACGCUAAUUCCGAACCACACUCUCCGCCGCCUUAUUCAGGAUUGGUGCGUUGCCAACCGAUCCUUCGGAGUGGAGCGGAUUCCCACUCCCAAGCAGCCGGCCGAACCGGUUCUCGUUCGAUCUCUUCUGAAUCAGGCUUCGGCCGGAUCCGGUCCGUUUAGCGUGAGGGUUUCGGCUCUGCGGCGGCUGAGAGGUCUGGCGCGAGAAUCGGAGAAGAACCGAUCCGUCAUUGCUGCCAGUGACGCCCGUGCGAUUCUGCUCUCGAUUGUGUUCGCCGACGUCGGUUCGAUUCCGUCGGAAUUGAAUCUCGAAUCGAUUGCGAUUCUGUCGAUGUUUACUCUCUCCGAACCAGAGUGUUUGUUCGUGGCGACCGACUCGGAGAGGGUGAGUUAUUUGGUGAAUCUACUGUUCCAUUCGUCGAUCGACGUCCGAGUCAACUCGGCGGCGUUGAUCGAGUCGAUUGCGGCGGGGUUGCGAUCGCCGGAUCUCCGUGCGCAGUUCAGCGGCGCCGACGGAGUGUUUGAAGGUAUCGUCGGUCUAUUGAACUAUCCGUUGGCCUAUCCUAGAGCAGUGAAGAUCGGAAUCAAAGCUCUGUUCGCGCUGUGUCUGGUGAAGCAGCACCGCGAGCGGGCGGUGGCGGCCGGGGCGGCGGAGGCGCUGAUCGACAGGCUGGCGGAGUACGAGAAAUGCGAUGCGGAGAGAGCGCUGGCGACGGUGGAGCUGCUCUGCCGGAUUCCGGCCGGAUGCGCGGCAUUCUCGGUCCACGCGCUGACGGUUCCGCUCCUGGUGAAGAUCAUCCUGAAGAUCUCGGAUCGCGCGACGGAGUACGCGGCGGGGGCGCUGCUGUCGCUGUGCUCGUCGUCGGAGCGGGCGAAGCGGGAGGCGGUUGCGGCGGGAGUGUUGACUCAGCUGCUGCUGCUGGUGCAGAGCGAUUGCACGGAGAGGGCGAAACGUAAAGCGCAAACGCUGCUCAAGUCGCUGCGGGACUCGUGGCCCGAUGAGUCCAUCGCCAAUUCGGAUGAUUAUGCCGGAAGCGACGUCGUUCCCUUUUAAUUUUAUAUUUUUAUUUUAUUCUAACUAUUUUGUUGAUUAGGUGAAAUUGCAUUUCUAAAGGGACAAAAAAUAUUAGCAUGAGAGGGUACAUAAGCCAUUGGUAUGUAUUUGUAUGUAGUUUUCCUUUUUGGUGCAAAGUUUUUCUCCAAGGUAAAAUGGGGGAAAUUUUGGAUUAUUUUUUAGAAUGGAAAUAUUUUCUCUGGUAAUUGUAAUUUGAAAAGUCGUGUUGAUUGGAAUGGCAUUUAUCAUGGAUUAAUACUAAGGUUGGUGUGAUGAUAUUUGAUGAAA